AUGUCGUAUUUGGGCUGGACCAUCGACGACUGGAAACGAUUCCACUUCCUGUCGACCCCUGACGACUCCCUUGCUUUAUUGCAAAAGCUUGUUGCCGACCAAAAGCUGGACGAUCCAGCAUGGAUCUCUCUUGUUUCUGAAGACGAUUUGAUCCACCAAUGGAGAUUUCUCCAAUCCAAUGCUAACAAAACUAAACUUCCUCUUUACGGUGUUCCUGUGGCCAUCAAGGACAACAUCGAUGUGAAGUUGAUGCCAACGACUGCGGCUUGUCCAUCCUUUAGCUACAAUCCCACUGAAGAUGCCACCACCGUUCGCAUGUUGAGAAGUGCUGGUGCCAUCAUCAUUGGAAAAACUAAUUUGGAUCAGUUUGCUACUGGUUUGGUUGGAACCAGAUCUCCUUACGGCAUCACACCUAACACUUUCAACUCCAAGUACGUGUCUGGUGGCUCCUCCGCUGGCUCGGCCUCAGUUGUGGCACGUGGAAUAGUUCCAAUUUCUUUGGGUACCGACACUGCCGGUUCUGGUCGUGUUCCUGCUGCUUUAAACAACUUGGUUGGCCUUAAACCAACCAAGGGUGUCUUUUCUUCUAGCGGUGUCGUCCCAGCCUGCAAGUCAUUGGACUGUGUUUCCGUGUUUGCCUUGAACUUGCACGAUGCACAAUUGGCUUUCAAUGUGCUUGUGGAGUUUGACGGAGCAAAAGACGAAUACUCGCGUAAAUUCCCCGAGAACGCACUCUUGAAUUUCGGCUCCAAGCCACGGGUGGCUGUGCCUAGCAAACUUGAAUGGUGUGGCGAGGAGGAAAACCCUAAGUUGUUUGACAAAGCUAUUGAAAUUGUCAAGCAGACUGGCUGCGAAACUUCCGACUUUGACAUUCAGCCAUUGCUUGACUUAGCAAAGUGUUUGUAUGAGGGUGCUUGGGUCGCUGAGAGAUACUGGGCCACUAAGGACUUCUUGGCUACUAAUCCACCAACUGAAGAUUUGGAUCCAACCGUGAUGCAGAUCGUCAAGGGUGGAGAGAAGCACUCAGCUGCUACUGCUUUUGAGUUUGAGUACAAGCGUCAGCAGAUCAUGCAGAAGGUUCAGCCUUUGUUGGACGAGAUCGAUGUGCUCGUCCUUCCGACUGCACCAUUGACUCCAACCAUUGAACAGGUCAAGAAUGAUCCAAUCGGUGUCAACUCAAGCCAGGGUACCUAUACCAACUUUGUUAACUUGGCAGAUAUGAGCGCAUUGGCUGUUCCUGCUGGAUUCCGUGCUGACGGGUUGCCUUUUGGUAUUACCUUCCUUUCUCACAAAUUCAAUGACUACGCUUUGUUGGAGUUUGCGUCAAGAUACUUGAGAGAAUUGACCGAACAAAAGCCUCGUUUCUACGGUUGCCUCAAGGAUACGGAGGCUUCGUCUCUUGGUGACGAAUUGCUUCCGUACACCGAAUUGCCCAAACCAAUUUUGAAAAACACCGUCAAGGUGGCUGUUGUCGGAGCCCAUUUGAAAGGUUACCAAUUGCACUGGCAGUUGGAGAAGGUGCACGCAACUUUGGUUGAGGAAACCACCACUUCUGCCAACUACAAGUUGUAUGCUUUGCCAAAGACCGGUUCAGUGGCCAAGCCAGGUUUGAGAAGAGUUACUGAGUUCGGUUCCAAGAUCGCAUUGGAGGUCUAUGCUAUUCCUUUGGAGUUGUUCGGUCAAUUUGUUAACUACGUUCCAGAGCCUUUGGGCAUUGGAUCGGUAGAAUUGGCUUCUGGCGAGUGGAUCAAGUCGUUCAUUUGCGAGGAGGCUGGCUACCUUGCCCAAGGUACCAAGGACAUCACUGAGUUUGGUGGAUGGAAGAACUACCACGAACAUUUGGACAGAGAGGCUAAGAAGUAUAAGAAGCCAUUCAAGUCUGUUCUUGUUGCUAACCGUGGUGAGAUCGCUGUACGUAUCAUGAAGACCUUGAAGAAGAUGGAUAUCAAGUCCAUUGCCAUCUAUUCGAACCCAGAUAAGUACGCUCGUCAUGCUCUCAUCGCUGACGAGUCCAUUCCAUUGGACGGAGUUUCUGCUGCAGAGACUUAUAUCAACAUCGACAAGGUGAUCGCAGCAGCUAAGAAGUCUGGUGCUGAGGCCAUCAUUCCUGGUUAUGGAUUUUUGUCGGAGAAUGCUGAUUUCGCCGACAGAUGUUCCAAAGAAGGAAUUGUGUUUGUCGGACCAUCCGGCGAUGCCAUCAGAAAGCUUGGUUUGAAACACUCGGCAAGAGAAAUCGCCGAAAAGGCUGGCGUUCCCUUGGUUCCUGGUUCUGGCUUGGUUGCUGAUGCUAAGGAAGCCAAAGAAAUUGCUGCCAAGCUCGAAUACCCAGUCAUGGUGAAGUCGACCGCUGGAGGUGGAGGUAUUGGAUUGCAGAAGGUUGACUCAGAGGACGAGAUCGAACGUGUGUUCCAAACCGUCCAGCACCAAGGUAAGUCUUAUUUCGGUGAUGCUGGUGUCUUCUUGGAAAGAUUUGUCGAAAAUGCCCGUCACGUCGAGAUCCAAAUGUUUGGUGAUGGUUACGGUAAGGCCAUUGCCUUGGGAGAGAGAGACUGUUCUUUGCAGAGAAGAAACCAGAAAAUUAUCGAGGAAACUCCUGCUCCAAACUUGCCUGAAGCCACUCGUCAAAAGAUGAGAAAAGCUGCCGAAUCCUUGGGUUCAUUGAUGAACUAUAAGUGUGCUGGUACUGUGGAGUUCAUCUACGACGAGAGACGUGACGAGUUCUACUUCUUGGAAGUCAAUGCCAGAUUGCAGGUGGAGCACCCCAUUACUGAGAUGGUGACUGGGUUGGAUUUGGUCGAAUGGAUGUUGUUGAUUGCUGCUGACACUCCUCCAGACUUCUCCCAAAAGAUCACCGUUACAGGUGCUUCCAUGGAAGCAAGAUUGUACGCCGAGAACCCAGUCAAGGGUUUCAUGCCUUCUCCUGGUCAGUUGACUGAAGUGAAGUUCCCAUCCUUUGCUCGUAUUGACGGUUGGGUCGAGAAGGGAACUGUUGUCAGUGCCGAGUACGAUCCAACCUUGGCCAAGAUUAUUGUUCAUGGAAAAGACAGAAAUGAUGCCUUGAAGAAAUUGCGUCAGGCCUUGAACGAGACCGCAGUUUCUGGGUGUAUCACCAACAUCGACUACUUGAGGUCUAUUGCAGACUCCAAGAUGUUUGAGACUGCUAAGGUUGCCACCAAAGUGUUAGACUCUUACGAGUACAACCCAACUGCUUUCGAGGUGCUUGCUCCAGGUGCUUAUACUACUGUCCAGGACUUCCCAGGGAGAAAGGGUUACUGGCACAUUGGUGUUCCUCCUUCUGGAUGUAUGGACGAGUAUGCGUUCCGUUUGGCCAACAGAGCCGUUGGAAACGAUGCUGGCGCUCCAGGAUUGGAGAUCACCUUAACUGGGCCAAAGCUUUUGUUCCAUCACGAUGUCAUUGUGGCUGUCACUGGUGGUGAAGUGGAGGUAGAUGUCAACGGCACCACUGUGUCCCAGUGGACUCCUAUUCACAUCAAGAAGGGCGACAAGUUGUCUAUUGGUAAAUUGACUUCUGGUUGCAGAGCAUACUUGGCUAUCAGAGGUGGAAUUGAAGUUGUCGAAUACUUGGGCUCUCGUUCUACCUUUGCUCUUGGUAACUUGGGUGGAUACAACGGUCGUGUGUUGAAGUUGGGUGAUGUUUUGUUCUUGGGCCAACCAGAGUUGCCAAGUUGCACCUUGCCAGUUCCAAAUGCCGAACCAAGUGAGGUUCCAAAUUCUUUGGUUCCUUCUUACAACUUCAAUGCUACGAAUGCCUGGCAGGUGGGUGUCACCUGCGGACCUCAUGGCUCCCCAGAUUUCUUUACUUCUGAGGCUGUGGAAGAGUUCUUCGCUUCGAAGUGGAAGGUCCACUACAACUCCAACCGUUUCGGUGUGAGAUUGAUUGGUCCUAAGCCAAAGUGGGCCAGAAAAGACGGUGGUGAUGCUGGUUUGCAUCCAUCCAAUGCCCACGAUUACGUCUACUCUCUUGGUGCCAUCAAUUUCACUGGUGACGAGCCUGUGAUUUUGACUUGCGAUGGCCCAUCUCUUGGUGGUUUCGUUUGUGAGGCUGUUGUAGCUGAGGCUGAAAUGUGGAAGAUCGGUCAAGUGAAACCUGGAGACUUGAUCCAGUUCAUCCCACUCAGCUAUGAGGUUGCUAAGGGCUUGAAGCUCGAGCAAGACAAGGUGAUCUCCGAGCUCAAGGGUGAUGCUCCAUCUUUCGAAGGUAGAGUUUUGCCCAAGUUCGAGGACCCAGUUUUGGCUGUCAUCCCACUGACAGAAUCCACUCCAAAGACGGUUUAUCGUCAAGCUGGUGACAGAUACAUUCUAGUGGAGUACGGUGAGAACAUCAUGGACUUGAACGUAUGCUACCGUUUGCACAAGUUGAUCGAAAUGGUUGGUGACUUGAAGGUUGAAGGUGUGGUAGAAAUGUCUCGUGGUGUCCGUUCUGUGUUGAUCGAGUUUGAUGAGAAGGUGACCCAAUCGGCAUUGUUAGAGACCAUGCUUGCACUCGAGAAAGAAAUUGCAUUCGUCAACAAAUGGAAGGUUCCUUCUCGUAUUCUCAAGUUGCCAAUGGCUUUCGAGGACAAGAAGACUUUGGAUGCUGUUACCAGAUAUCAGGAGACCAUUAGAAGUGAUGCUCCUUGGUUGCCUAACAACGUCGACUUUAUUGCAAACAUCAAUGGUAUUGACCGUUCUGACGUGAAGAACAUGUUGUACUCUGCCCGUUUCAUGGUGUUGGGUCUUGGUGAUGUCUUUUUAGGCGCUCCUUGUGCUGUUCCUCUUGACCCAAGACACCGUUUCUUAGGUACCAAGUACAACCCUUCGAGAACAUUCACCCCUAACGGAACUGUGGGUAUUGGUGGUUCGUACAUGUGUAUUUACACCAUGGAGUCUCCAGGUGGAUACCAGUUGGUUGGACGUACUGUUCCUAUUUGGGACAAGUUGACGUUGGGUAAACACUCUCCAGGAACCAAGCCAUGGUUGUUGAACCCAUUCGACCAGGUGGAAUUCUACCCUGUUUCCGAGGCUGAGGUGGAUAAGAUGACCGAGAGAAUGGAGGCAGGUCAUUUUGAUGUUGAUAUUGUUGAGUCUGUUUUCGACCACGAGCAGUACUUGAGAUGGAUCCAGGCCAAUUCGGCAUCCAUUGAGGAAUUCCAGGAGAACCAGGGAGGUGAGAAGUUGGAGGAGUUUAAUCGCUUGAUCCAAAUCUCUAAUGCCGAGUUGGAGGCUGGCAAGUCUGGCCCAACUUUGAGUGAGGAUGACAAGUUUUCUGAAGAUGCCGAGAUGGUUUACUCUGAGUACUCGGGACGUUUCUGGAAGCCCUUAGUCGAGGUUGGUGACGUUGUUAAGGAGAACCAGGGUUUGAUUGUGGUCGAGGCCAUGAAAACUGAGAUGGUUGUGAUUUCUCCAAAAGCCGGUAAGGUCGUCAAGAUCUUGCACAAGAAUGGAGACUUGGUGGAUGCCGGAGAUUUGGUUGUUGUGAUAGAAUAA